AUGGCAGGCCGACCUAGACGGCGAAGGGCCUCGUCGGCCUCGGCUACCGCAGACGCCGACCCAACCCAGAUCCGGUGGGCGAAGGAAUCCUCAAUCCUAAAACCGACACCGCGGGAUUUACCAGAUAACGACUGGCCCUGUUAUGUCUUGACAGACGCGACCAUUUACCAAAAGGAUGGCAGGACGCUGGGCAACCCGCUCCUAGUUCAUGUCCAAGGACCUCUGAUUGUUCGCGGCCACCUCGAAGUGGACGAGGAUAAGCUUGUGCCCAACCUCGUCCGCUCGAGCGUGCGAACUGCGCAUAUCGAGAUCUCGCACUCCGAACGAUACUCAAUCGGAGACGGCCCGCUCGUCCUUUGGGUCUCGGGCCCCGCUGGUUGGUUCGAGAUUCGGCCAUCUCCCGCAUACCAACGCAUGUACGACCAGGUUCGCGAGGCCAUAACCUUAUAUUACAGCGCUUUCGAGGUGUACGAAUCGUAUGUUGCGGCGUGUGCCAGCAAGAAGAAGACAAGGAGGCCGCGACCGCCGAGCUUGGACGACAUCUUUCUCAGAUACGCCGUCAGGGCGGGGGACGGUAUACUGCACCAUGAGGUCGUAGCCCUAUACAAUAAAUGGGCCGAGUUUCUCAUUGCCCAUUUCGAUAAAGAGUUUGAUCUGGACUGGAACGUAACACCAUUCGCUAAGUGGCUGCGUAGCUCACACCCCGAUAUACAGAAGAAACUCACCGAUAUUGCGAACGGCGUUGUUGCUCCCUCGGCCCUUCCAGAGCCCCAAGAAUCCAUCGACGAUAAGGCGACUCAUAGCCGGAGGGGCAAGUCAGCGAGGGCGAGUAGCCGAAACAGCGAAGCCCGAGACGACCCACCGAGUCGUCCAAUGCCACAGGCAAAACCCGACAAACCCAGGGUCAAGUUGAGCGAAACUCCUAUACCGUUGCCAGAGAGAUAUCGGCAGUCCACCCAGCCUGCGCGUUCCGAGCCAUCCCCGGGGCGUAUCGGAACAUCCGCCAAGAGUGAUGCGCCGAGAGAGACGCCCAGGGCCAAUAUUCCAAGGGAGACCCCCAAAGCCGAUACGCCGAAAGAGACACAUAGGGCUGAUAUGUCGACGGUUACACCGAAAAUUGACACGUCGGGAGACAUACCCAUACCCGACGCCGACUCCGAAACCCCUGUUGACAGGCUACUGGGAGCCCUCAGUGAAGUUGCGACCGAGGCGAAUAUCAGCAAGGCGGCACCUUCCAGGGUUAACUCGGCUGUGUUCUUCAAGUGUAAAAUCCGGCACUAUAGUGGUGCCAAGGACAUUCUUGCAUACUACGCCAAGGAACUCCUCGAACGCCUAAGUGACGAGUGGAAGGGUAGCCCAUGGUAUCACUGGCUGGAAGAGGCUUCCAAACAGCCGUGGGAGCCGUCGUCGGAACAGACCGAGCCGGACAAAAUUCCUGCGCAGACCUUCCGGCGGGCGAAGAUGGGUCCUAAAGCAGGCUCGUCAACAAAACCAGCUACCCAGCUACCCCUGGACCCGGACAUUGGUCUCAAAAUCGGGACUAAAAGUGCUGCACAAGAGGAGAGCGAGUCGGAGGACGAGUUCGCUGACCUCCGUGCACUGCCGCAGCGCAACCGUAGGUCUGGUAAAGGGGCAACACUACGCCUAGCCACAAGUGCUAAGAAGAGGCCGCAUUCCGAGCUUGACGACCAAGCUAGUGGAAGUCGCCGGGGUAGAAAGUCGGUUAAGAUCAGUCAUCAUAUCAGUGAUGACGACGAGCCAGACGAUGCCGAUAAUACAAGCGACGAGGACGUUGCCUCCAGCGAAGAGGCAAUCGUCGGAUCGCGUUUGCCUCUGCCCGAGGGUGCAGUCCGUGUCGUCGUGCAUGCCGAGCACCUCCCUACAACGACACCCAGCGGACCCGACGGCACUUGGACGUGCAACGAAGAAGGUUGCACUUACGUCGUCAGGUCGGCCGACGAGCAGGAUGCGCAGGAAUUAAUUCAGGCACAUUUCCGGGACCACGAGGUGCAGGCUGAGAAGAUCAACCUGGCGGUCACAGAGAGUCGUGGCCAUAUGCCCAUCAAGUACGCCUACUUCCCCCCUAUUCUUCUUAUCAUCCACAUGAACCCCAGGCGUACAUGA